AUGGCGCCGGGGCAGCCCUUGCUUGCCGUCACGCCGGAGGCCACACGGCCCGGCAGCACCCGCGCGUCACGACCAGGCAGCCAAAGCCGACGGGUCUCCGUGGAGGAGAGGAGGAGGGCUGAAGGACGGAACGCCGAGGAGCGGCGGAAGUCGGAACUUGAAGCACUGCAUGCUGCGAAUGAAUUGAGGGAGUUCGUGAACCAGAAAGAAGGCUCAGCAUUGCGGGCUUGGUGCAAGCACUUCGACCCCGACAACGACCAGAAGAUCAGCCAGAGCCAGUUCUUGCGAGGCAUGAGUAAGAUGGGCUACAACGGAGAUGCUGCCGCGCUCUUCAAGUCGCUGGAUGCCGACCGCUCUGGGGAGCUUUCGCUCGAGGAGAUUGAUGCGUACGCCUCGGGCCAAUGGCGCCGCUUUCGGGCCUUUUGUGUCCAGAACUUCGAGGACCCAGAGGACAUGGUUCGACGUUUGGGGAAGAAGGUGGAGAUCGAACAACGUCGGGGCGGAGCACAGGUCUUGCAAGGUGGUCCAGACGUUUGGACCGUCACACAGGCGCAGUUUACCGACAAUGUGCGUGCCCUGGGCUGGAGCAGUGGCUACGAGGACAUGCUCUUUCCGGCCAUGAACGUGCAUGACAAGGAUGCCAUUUCGGUGGAAGAUCUGAAAUGGCUGGAGAUGGAGCAGCGGCGGCAGAAGCGAAAAGAGCUCGCCAAGAAGAAAGCCUUGCAGGAGAACCACACCAGGAACAAGGACGCCAACUUCAAGGGGCGAGAGGCAUGCCUUGCUGACUUCAAAAACUACCUCCGCCGGAAGUAUGGAAGCUUCCUUCGCGCCUGGUUUAAGGCAUUGAGCCCAGACGGUGCCAUGAUCCUGCGCCGAAGCGAGGUCUUCAAGGCGUGCGCCCAACUGGGUUGGCCAGGGAAUGUUCGUCUCUUGUUCUCGGCCUUCGACAAGGACAACAGUGGCUACGUGUCCAUCGAGGAGCUUGAUGCUCGAGCUGCCGAACUCCUCGCCCACUUUCAUGACUUCGUCAUGAGCAAAUUUGGCAGUGCCACCGCAGCGUUCCAUGCUUUCGACAAGUACAACCAGAAGAAGCUGAAGCAGCACGAGUUCAUCAGCCAGGUGAAGAACCAUGGCUUCCAGCAUCCCGCGAAGCUCCUCUUCCACGGCCUGGACCACAAGGAGAUGAAGGCUGUGAUGCUGGAAGACAUGCUUUUUCUGGACCGCUGGAAACCACCGGCAUUCCUGACACGAACUGCUAACCCACAGGCCAUGGAGGAGUUCAAAGCGCUGCUGGUCCGGAACUACAAGAACUUCCUCAAGGCUUGGCGACACUGCCUGGACCAGGACUCCAGCAACCGAUGCAAUUACGACGAGUUCGAUGCAGCAUGCCAGAAGCUGAAGUUCAAAGGCGAUGUUGCGGGUGCCUGGAGAGCUUUGGAUGAAGACCUGUCCGGAUACAUCACGCUCCAGGAGAUCGACCCAGCUUCCUCCAGCGCCUUAGCCAACUUCCGCAGGUGGUGUGACGAGGAGUUUGGCAGCGUCCGGUCAGCCUUCAGCGUCUUUGACAACAGUGGCGACAACGAGGUCAACUAUCGCGAGUGGCGGCGCUCCCUGCGCUUCUAUGGCUUUGAGGGUGAUGCCAGCACACUGUUUUACGCCCUGGAUGUCGAGAGGAGCGGCACCCUGGCGCUGCAGGAGGUGGAAUUCCUGGAUGAGUGGAUCUUCCCCGGUGCGAGCACUACGCAGGAGGCCAGUUCAUCUACGUAUUCAUCCCAGGUGCUGGGCGAGCCGCCCGUACCACAACACGUGACCACGCAGUACGUCACGGAAGGCCCGGGCCCUGCGGCCUACGCUGCCGGGCAUGGCGUUGGCAGUGGUCCGCCUGCGCCGAUGCGGCCCUUCCCGGGAGCUUUCUCCUUCCGGAAGCGGACUGGGGGCACCAUGCUCCUGCCGCCGACGCCUCGCGAUGCCGGGGAGGAGCCUUCUCCUUUGGACUACGAUUCCCGGCCUGGGUGGUCCACCAUGGCCCCGAGCAAGCCCUCCUGGCCUUUCAGCAAGGAGGCUCGAAAGUCGAAUGAGCCCGUCGACAACGAGGAGGAGGAGCAGUCCCCGGGUCCUGGGGCGUACACUCCUCUGACGGCCCCGGCCGUAGCCGUCGCUUGCACCCCUCGGCGCGCGCUGAAGGUGCAUCCGUUCUUCAGAGAGGGCCUGGGAAAGCGGACGCAGUUCACGCCACGGCAGGACAUCCUCGCACUUCCAAGAGUCUGA